AUGGUGAACGCCAGGUUCUUUUACUGGCUCAGUGAUACGAUGGGAUGUGUUUGCGGGGUGAUUGCAAGCAGUUUGUUGCUGGCUAUCAUCUUCACGCACACCAGUAAGGCGACUAUCGCGUACUCUCGGAUGCUGGCCGCCACCGCCGUUUAUGACAUUUUCUUUUGCACCAUCGAGUUCUUAACGCAACAUGUAAGCCUUUAUGCUUUACUACAUACAAUUUUUGACCGGUAUAUGCAUUUUAUCGCAAGAAAAAUGCAAUGAAAGAUCAAGCAUAGGUGUCCCAUAAGUUUUGCUCAUUUCCGGGUUUGAAUUAAAGUCUCAUAGCGACGGCCUAAGUGACAGAACUCCUUAAUUCUUGUUACUGUUUACAUCGUCAUGGCCUACGCUUGUAAACAUCAUAAAAAAUUAAACUAUUAAAGACGUGUAAAUAGUCGGGAUUGUUGUUAUCAUCCACUUCCAUGAAAGCAAUUCCGUACUUUGGUACGUGCUGCGGUGCCUUUGCAAUUGCACUUUUUAAUAGAUUUAUUGAAUAAAUAUUCCUAAAUCAACCGUGCGUUGCACUGAAUUAGUGCUUAUGACCCUAUCCUGCAUCAGAAAUGUACAUGCUUUUUAGCCUAACAUUUUUUGAAUGUUGUUGCUCAGAUCGCGAAAAAUAACAUACAUUUAUGCGUAUCAAGUACACAAACAAGCAUAGAUUUCCUAUGUCUCUGAGUAUAUAAAAAACAGUGUAUCAAACACCCCCCGUAAUGCAUUACAAAGGUCACAGGAAUUCGCACAGUCGACGACCCAAAAAAUUUGCAAGACUUAUGGGUCACCCUAAUAUUUUAAUUCCAGCAACUACUAAUCAAAAAUGGAGCGAUGAUAAUGGUCCCGAAAGGUGUGGAAAAGGAUUUCCCGAGCUCCUGGUACCCCAUCUUCUUUAUCCCGCAUAAUUUUUCAUCCCUUUUGGCAUUGCUGAUACUACCGUCGCAAUAUCAAUAUCGCUAUGCUUUGCUGACCAAGUAAGUAUUUGAUCUGUGUCUUAGCUAUAUAGAAGGUUACUACCGUACUUAAAAGCUCCCAUUUAGCCAGUAAACACAAUAUAUUUCAGUCCGUCAAAAGUCACCGGCUACACUUUGCUGCGUAAUCUCUUCUUCACACUAGGCAUGGCCGUGUUUUGCGCUUUUAUUGGGCUAGCCGGCCUCACUUAUUCUGUCCCUCGAGGCCAAGAAUACUACAUAAACCAAUUGGACCCAUAUUGGGCCACCGAAGGUAUGGACACUUAUAUGUAUGCGCUGGAUACGGUAGGUAAAUUUGAUCUUUGACAAUAAGUCCGUCUCUUUCCAGCAAGACUUUUUCUCCAUGCUGUACUUUAUUUGCAUCGGUGUGACGAACGUGGUGUACUUCCUGGGCGCCAUGUAUUAUGUCUACAAAAUAUUGAAGUUUAUGGGAGGGGGGAACAAGGAGGCCAGUGGGAAGACUAAGAAAUUACAGUCCCAGUUCACAAGGGUUAUUAUUAUACAGGUAAGAGGCGAUGGGAAAGAAGCUCAGGCAAUCCUGGAGGAUUGAAUUUCUCAUAUUCCCCGCCUUUGUCAUUCCUUUACAACAGUCAGCACUCAAAACAAAGUGCUGAUCUUUCUCAAAGUUUCAUCGAAAUUUAAAUCUUGGGCUUUCCACUUUGAAUUUUCCCCAAUUUGCAGGGAGUUUCCUCAUUUUUCUUCGCCUUUCUCCCAAUUUGUGUCAUGUCUUUGGCGACAGUGACCAGAGUGGGUGUGGAAAGUGUCGGUGGAAUCGUCUUAAUUCCCCUCUCGUGGCUCUCGUUUGUCAACAGCAUGUUCUCUUUGUUCGUGGUGAGGAGUUAUCGACGGACUCUGGGGAAUUGGCUGACCUGUGGAGCCGUGAGACCGGCGGAAAGGGCGGUUACUACGGUAUCCGCCAUAUCUGGGGGCAAAACAAAAGAAUAA